GAGGCGGCGGGGCUGCGUCAGCGUGAGCGGGGCCGAGGGCUCGAGCGAGUAGCCGAGAGAGAAAAAAUAAAACAUUUAACCCAGCAAGAAAAAUAAAAGUAAAACUCCGAGCAAAAACCAGGCGUAGACCACCACAGCAAGCGGCUUUUACCAGCCAGGUUCUCAACAUUAUCUUUACAUGUUAACACUGGCUGCAAUUCAAAGAUCUUAGACCAUGUCAGUAUGGAUUCAGGCCCAGCAGCUUCAGGGCGAAGCUCUGCGUCAGAUGCAGUCCUUGUAUGGGCAGCAUUUUCCAAUUGAAGUUCGGCAUUAUUUAUCGCAGUGGAUUGAAAGCCAGGCAUGGGACUCAAUAGAUUUGGAGAAUCCGCAAGAUGAAUAUCGAGCACAGAGGUUGCUUGAGACAUUAAUACAGGAAUUGCAGAAGAAAGCUGAUCAUUUAAUGGGUGAAGAUGUUUUUGUACUAAAGUUGAAAUUAGGGAAUUAUGCCACUCAGUUAAAGAAUACUUAUGACCGUUGUCCACUGGAACUGGUUAGAUCAAUCAAACACAUUUUGUACCAUGAACAGAGACUGAUUAGAGAAGCUACAAAUCCAAGUUCACCAGUGGGUAUACUGGACUCCAUGUCUCAGAAACACCUUCAAAUAAACCAAACAUUUGAGGAACUAAGGCUACUGACUCAGGAUACUGAGAACGAACUACGAAAACUUCAGCACACCCAAGAAUACUUUAUUAUACAAUAUCAAGAGAGUCUACGGAUACAAGCUCAGCUUGCUCAACUUGCACAGCUGAGUCCCCAAGACCAGAACCGUAUCUUACGAGAACAAAGCUUGCAACAAAAGCGGACGUCUCUGGAGGGUUGGUUACAGCGAGAAGCCCAGACACUACAGCAAUACAGACUGGAUUUAGCUGAGAAACAUCAAAAGACAUUGCAGUUGCUUCGUAAGCUCCAGACAAUUAUUUUAGAUGAUGAAUUGAUUCAGUGGAAACGACGCCAGCAGUUGGCAGGGAAUGGUGGUCAAUCUGAAGGAGGUUUGGACGUUCUUCAGUCCUGGUGUGAGAAAUUGGCUGAGACAAUAUGGCAGAAUCGUCAGCAGAUCAGGAGAGCUGAACAUCAACGACAGCAGCUUCCCAUUCCAGGCCCAGUGGAGGAGUUGCUUACAGAACUCAAUGCAACAAUUACAGACGUAAUAUCUGCACUAGUUACCAGCACCUUUAUUAUUGAGAAGCAACCCCCUCAGGUUUUAAAGACUCAGACAAAGUUUGCAGCCACUGUACGUUUGUUAGUUGGUGGAAAGCUGAAUGUACACAUGAACCCACCCCAAGUGAAAGCAACUAUUAUCAGUGAACAGCAAGCAAAGGCACUUCUGAAAAAUGAAAAUACAAGAAAUGACAGCAGUGGUGAAAUAUUAAAUAACUGUUGUGUUAUGGAGUACCAUCAAGCAACAGGAACCUUAAGUGCCAACUUUAGAAAUAUGUCUUUGAAACGAAUCAAGCGUUCAGAUCGACGUGGCGCAGAGUCUGUCACAGAAGAAAAAUUCACAAUUCUCUUUGAAUCGCAAUUCAGUGUUGGUGGAAAUGAACUAGUAUUUCAGGUUAAGACUUUGUCACUUCCAGUGGUAGUGAUAGUUCAUGGCAGCCAAGACAACAAUGCCACUGCCACUGUACUCUGGGACAAUGCAUUUGCAGAGCCAGGUAGAGUCCCAUUUGUAGUCCCUGAUAAAGUACUGUGGCCACAGUUAUGUGAGGCUCUCAAUAUGAAAUUCAAAGCAGAGGUUCAGAGCAACAGAGGAUUAUCGGAAGAAAAUCUCGUUUUCCUAGCUCAGAAAGCAUUCAGCAGUUCAGCUAUUCAUCCAGAGGAUUACAGUAAUAUGACCAUCUCCUGGUCUCAAUUUAAUAGGGAAAGUUUACCUGGGCGAAGUUUCACAUUCUGGCAGUGGUUUGAUGGAGUUAUGGAGCUGACAAAAAAACAUCUGAAGCCUCAUUGGAAUGAUGGGGCUAUUUUGGGGUUUGUAAACAAGCAACAGGCACAAGAUAUGCUGCUUUCCAAGCCAAAUGGAACCUUCCUGCUGCGAUUUAGUGACUCAGAGAUUGGAGGGAUUACAAUAGCGUGGGUAGCAGAUAAUCCCAACAAAGCAGGUGAAAGGAUGGUUUGGAAUCUUAUGCCAUACACAACCAAAGAUUUUUCAAUUCGAUCACUGGCAGAUCGCAUCAGUGAUCUCAAUCAUUUGCUGUAUUUGUAUCCAGACAGACCCAAGGAUGAUGUAUUUUCUAAAUAUUAUACACCACCAUUAUCAAAAGCAGUAGAUGGAUAUGUAAAACCACAGAUCAAACAAGUGGUUCCAGAAUUUGCUACAGCAUCAUCUGAUGGAACAUCAGCGAGUAAUACCUACAUGGAACCAGCAACAUCACCUGCAGUUUGUCACCCACCACAAUAUCCUCUCUACCCACAGAACCCGGACAGCAUGCUUGAUCCUGAUGGUGAUUUUGACCUUGAUGACACAAUGGAUGUUGCCAGACAUGUGGAAGAGCUUCUACGCAGACCAAUGGAUAAUCAGUGGCUUCCUCAUCAAUCAACAUGAUUGCCACCCCCUCAUCACAGAAAAUUGUUUCUUAUGGUUUCAUUCCAUAAGUUGCUUCAUUUCCAAAUCGUUCAUAAUGUGAAAUGUUAAUAUUGCUCGUGAAUCUAAUAUUUUUGUGCAUGUUGAAGCAGUGCAAAUGUUUCUAAAUGUCCCAAUUGCUUGGAAGAGGCUGCAAUUUUGGAGACUGCAAUUACUAUUGUUAUUUUAUGUUGUACAAAAUGCAAGUUGCUAUUUGCAUGAUUUUUAUUUACCCUUUCAGAAUUUUAGUUACAUUUUGGUAAAUAGUGUUAAUUUGUAUUUUAGUGUGCCAAGGCAAAUGCUUAAUUGUCCCAAAUUGGAUCAUUUACUUAGAAACCCGUCAAAGCUACUUUAUUUGUGCAUGGAUUCUAUUUUUCAGUCAUUCACCAAGAUACUGCUUUACAUGAUUUAUUGGAAAUGAUUACUCAGUUUUUGAUUGAAGCUUUGAAUAUUGGCUCAUAAUUGGCACAAAAGGGCCACAAUAACAGUGAUUUUGCUCCUUUUUUUGAAUUUAGAAAUUGACUUAUCACAAUAUCAGUGACAUAUUGAAGUAAUAUGUGGGAGGGAUAGUUUGUAUAUUUUUGUAUCCCUGAACCAUUUGUUCAUAAUUAUAUUUGUUUCUAUGAACACUGAAUUGAACAAGGGUUUAAAAAUAAUCAUACGUUCAACCACUUUCAUUGAGGAGGGUUUAAAAAAAAGAUAUGUAUUUGAACUGUUUCGGAAUCAAGGCAAUUUCAAACAAUUUCAUUUGAUAUCUAGGCUAUGUGGUUUGUUACAAAAAGUGCAUGAAUUUGGAAUGGCAUAACUCUCAAGAUUUACACUUUGCAGAAUUAAGGCAUAUAUGUGCUCUGUAGGUAACUAUACUGCAUCAUUUUUGGCAAAAUUAAGUACUUGCUAAAUUUGAUCAUAAAGCUAGUUACCUUGUUAGGAAUACUUAAAUUUGUUGCAGAUAUCAAAGAGAAGCUGUACAAGGUGUUGUUUAAUCAUGUAAGAGCAAUGUUAUCCUUGCAGGUCUACUUGAAGAAAGUGUCUUACUUUGGUUGCCUUUAUGCCUGUAUGACAGACCUGUCCUCUGAUGUAUUGUACUCAAUAUCUUGAUCAGUUCUCGUGAGUAAUAAGAAAUAUUUGCAAAAUGGAUUGAAUACAUUUUGACUUCUGAUAGUUAAGGCUCACAAUGAGUAAAAGCAGCCAGACUUUUGAGAUGCCUUAAGCAAUAGUGUAAAUUAAUUGAUGCAAAAGCUUUGUAGUAUACAUAAACUUAAGGAUGCAUUCCUGAAUAUGACUUGUCACUGUUCCUGAUGUUGGUAUUAUUCGGACUUAAGUUGCCAGCUGAAACUUCUUGUUUCAAUAAAAGCUUUUUAAAGGGACCACUGGUCUAAUCAGUAGGUAAAGGGAAUGUUUGAAAUCAUUCAUUUUUUAAGCAGCCACAAUUACAAUUAACAGGGAUUGAAAUAUUUUUGGAAGGGGUCCCCAUUCUGAUAUUUGCCAUUAUCAUUUGUUCAGGAAUGCCACGUUCAGCCUAGUAGCCAUAAGCAAACUGUGGACAACAUAAGCAAUGGAGAUGUUUACAUUUUAAGUACUAGAUAUGCUUACCCAUUUUUAAUCAAUCAUUCUGGCUGCUUCUGUUCAAAUGCCUGGGCCUACUGAGAUGUAACAAAUUUAAAUUUAGUUAGAUAAUUGGUUAUCUUUAAUGCAGGAAAAACUAACAAAAUACCAGCUAAUUGCUACUGCCAAACUUUUAAUUCUGAUACAAUUAUGGAGUUGUACAUCAUAUGGUGAAUACAUCUCUUCAGGACACUUGCAUAUAUUACUGGCAUUUACUAAGUAUAGUCCAUACAGGAAAAAAGCUUUCUCUUCCUCUAAAUUCUGGUAAGCAUGCUCCCACUGCUUUUGUUAUAUAAAAUGUUAUACUGUAUCUUGCAUUCAGCUGUAUCUUCCCUAGGAAAGUCUAUUCCUCCCACAACUUCCCAAUCAGACUUCAUUGGCAACAUAAUGUUAAAUCGCUUCCUAAUGCAUAUCAACUGAAGCAUGAUUUGACUCGCAGUCUUAUAUUGGCCAGUGCACUUUUUCUACAAGGGAGUCCUAUAGAGAAAGGUGCAUUUCAUUCCUUUUGCGUGAUAGCAGAAAGCAGUGGAAUAGUUUACUGCAGGAUGUGAAUUUAGUUUAGACAAGAAUGGGGUGCAUUCUCUUUUUAGAUUGUAAGGGUAACUUUCAGUUUGCUUUAUCUCAGUUCUUGGUCCAUGUCAUACAAUUUAGUAGCACAGAUGGAGCAUUCAAGAUUGCUGGCUUGAGAACUGAUCCCCUUUGAAAAUGGGAUGAAGAUGUAUUGCUGGGAUAAUGUAGUGAUCCUAAAAUCUGUUACAAUGAAUUUUGUCUGUUACAGUGGCUUUAGACUUUUAUAUACGUAUAUAUAGUUUCUGCUCUCCUUUGGCAUUCAUCAUGAAAUUUAAAGAAAUCUACUGAAACUAUCAUUCAUAUUCAAGUGGUGCUGUUAUUGUAUGUAAGUUGAGGAGAGAUGAAUUUUAGUGGAAUAUGAUCUGCCUUUAAGGUGUCUAUUUCUGGAACAGUUACUGGUUUGCUGGGGGAGGGGGUUGGUUUCUGAUGCAGACACUGAAGCUUUACAUUAAUUCAAUGUACAGUGGUGUUAGAAAGCUUGUGAACCUUGUAGAGUUUUCUGUUUCUCCAUAAAUAUGUCCUAAAAUGUGAUCAGAUCUGCAUGCAAGUCCCAAAACUAGAUAAAGGGAACCCAAUUAAAUAGGUAACACAAAAAAACAUUGUACUUGUUCAUUUAUUUAUUGUGGAAAAAUGAUCAAAUAUUCCAUGUGUUUGUUGGGAAAAGUAUGAGAACAUUUGCUUUCAGUAAUUGGUGUGACCUCCUUGCACACCAGUAACUUAAACCAAAUGUUUCCGGUACCAUACUGCCUUGUAGGAAUUUUAGACCGUUCCUCGUUGCAAAACUGUUUCAACUCUGGGAUGUUGGUGGGCUUCCUUGCUUGAACUGCUUGCUUCAGGUCCUUCCACAACAUUUCUAUAGGAUUAAGGUCAGGACUCAGCCAUACCAAAGCACGAAUUUUCUUCUUUUUAAACCAUUCUAUUGUUGAUUUACACUCUUGUGUUUCAGAUCACUGUCUUGUUGUAUUAUCCAACUUCUGUUAAGCUUCAGGUGACAGACUGUUACCCUGACACUCUCCUGUAAAAUGUUUUGAUAUAAUUUUGAAUUCAUUGUUUCCUCAACGACUGCAAGCUGUCCAGGCCCUAAGGCAGCAAAGCAGCCCUAAGCCAUGAUGCUCCUUCCACCAUGCUUCACAGUUGUGAUGAGGUUUUGCUGUUGGUGUGCAGUGCCCUUUUUCCUCCAAACACAGCAAUAUGCAUUUCUGUCAAAAAGUUCAACUUUUGUCUCAUUUGUCCACAGAACAUUGUCCCAGAAGUGUUGUGAAACAUCUAAGUGGUCUUUUGCAAACUUGAAACGCACAACAAUGAUUUUUUUUUGGAGAGCAGUGGUUUUCUCCGUGGUAUCCUUCCAUGAAGACCCUUGUUCAGUGUUUUUCUGAUAGUGGACACAUGAAUAGAAACUUCAGCAAGUUCUGUGGAUUUCUGCAGCUCUUUUGCUGUUACCCUUGGGUUCUUUUUCAUCUCCUUCAGCAUUGCAAGUUGUGCUCUUGGUGUGAUCUUUGCAGGAUGCCCACUACUAGGGAAAGUAGCAUACUGAGUUUCCUCCAUUUGUAGACAGUUUCUCUUACUGUGGACUGAUGAACACUCAGGUCUUUAGAAAUACUUUUGAAGUCUUUUCAAGCUUAAUGCAUCUUAUGAUUCUUCUAAAGUCCUCUGAAAGUUGUUUUGAUUGAGGCAUGGUGCACGUAAACAGAUCUUUCUUGAGAAGAGCAGGCUCUGUCAGUAACCUGACUUUGUGUGUCUUGUAGGGCAGGACACCUCUACAACCCACACCUCCAAUCUCAUCUCAUUGAUUGGAACACCUGACUCCAAAUUGCUUUUGUAGAAGGUGCUACCCCAGAGGUUCACAUACUUUUUCCAACAAAUACAUGUAAUAUUGGAUCAUUUUUCUCAAUAAAUGAUCAAGUAUGUUUUUGUGUUAUUUAAUUGGGUUUUCUUUAUCGAGUUUUAGGACUUGCGUGAAGAUCUGAUCACAUUUUAGGUCAUAUUUAUGCAGAAAGAGAAAAUUCUACAGCGUUCACAAACUUUCCAGCACCACUGUAUCUUCAAGGCAAGGCAUCGUUCAGUAUAAUAGAGCCACACAAACCAGCACUGGUUUUCUCGAGACCUUCAGGAACCCAGCAUACACUAUUGGAGCAUAUCCACUUUUGGUUGAAGAAAGCAUUUUCUCAGUAUCAUUUGAAAUCCUCUGCUUCUAUUAUAAAGGUCCUGAACCUCUGUGAUAUAGCUCAGUUCUUUAUCCUCGACCUCAAUUCAAUCCUAGCCUUAGGUUUAUUUGUGAAGGUAGUUGUGGCCUAGAACAACGUCGUUUGGUAUAUGUGAAAGUUUUCGGCAAAGUGGUUAGUAGUGUAUAAUAAGUCACAAUAGUCCUCUUGCCUGGAAAUUUGGUGCCAACAGAGACCUGUUGAAAACAGCAUCCUGGAUAUCAGCUAAACUGAAACUAAUAUUCAGUGAAUGUGAAGGUGCUUUGUAAGCAAACUGCAUGAAAUAUCACACCCUGUAUUUUGCUGAUAAAUCCUAAAUGCAGACUCUAGCAAAAUUUGUUGCUUCAUUUUUCAGUGGGUGCAUUGUAGGAUUCACUGUGGAAAUACAGUGCUGGGGUUGGAUUUUGCUGUGAUUCACUGAAUCUGAUCUAAUGCCAUGAUAGACUUGGUACAGGUGCCUAGUCCAUUGAUUUCAAUGGGGGUUGUAGGGCUACAGUGAAAAAUACGCAAGUUCCUUUUUAGAUUAUAUUUGGUUGUUUGAUGUUUGUAUCUUUAAUGGUGCUUGUUUUUAGUUGAAUUUACUUUUUUAAUUUUUUUCAAUUUUACAAGUUUAAAAUGUAACGAAAGUUAAACCAGCAGCAUUUUAGAAACCCUGAUGACUUUGGCUUGCAAAGCAAAGGAGUUGGGAGGGUUAGGGCUUCACCAGCUCUCAGAGGCUAUAUCUCCAUCUCUGUAAACAAACUGUCGAUCAACAUCUUUUAUGAACCUAUCAAAUCCCAGUUACCUUGACUAUACCUCUUCCCACCCUGUGUCCUGCAAAAAUGCUGUUCCGUUUUCUCAGUUCCCAGGAGGUGACUUUCAAGACUUCCUUCAAAGAAUGGGGUUUCCCUUCCUCCACCAUUAAUGCUGCCGUCACUAUUUUCCUAACAUCUGCACUCAGCCCAUCUUUCCACCACCUUAAUAGUGAUAGAAUUGGGCAGAAUGCAAAAAAAAAACAGGUACAUACCCCUCACUAUCACAAGUGGAAGCAAUCUCUAUCAUGAGUCCACAUAUCAGGAAGGGUUCCCUUCUGAAGGACUGUUCAAACCUGGAUAUUUGUAAAUCGGGAAUGAACAAAAACUGUAUGGGAGAGGAUCACAGAAGCAGCCGUGAUGGAAGAGCAGCCAGCCUCACUGACUCAUUGAGCAAGUGAAUACUCAAUGCUCUCGAGUCCAUGUGACUCGGCCCAGCCACUCCUAAUCUUGUGGCUUAGUGUGGGGGUGGGGGGGGAGGGGGAACGUUGAGAGAGGACACAGGGAAAUGCUUUGUUCCCACCUGGGAAAAGAUGUCUGCAGUUGCACAGCAGCUAUUAAAUACAGUGUCACCCAUCUUGCACAUCUCCCAAACACCCAAGAAAAUACUCUGCUCAACCCUGAUAAAGAUCACCUGCAACCUGUAGUGGCUGGCAAAUCUAUCUCCAUACAGACCUUGGAAUAACUGGCACAACAGCUCAAACCACUAAUUACUGAUGAUAAUAUUGCCUCGGCAGCAUCCAGCCACGUGGUUGGGCUCCAACUGCAAUGACUAACUCCAAAUCACUUGUGAUUUGCUUCACACUGUGUAGUUCUGCUAUAGAGUUGGGGUACUUGUUUUAAAAAUUGUUCAAAAAUUUUUGGAAACUCAAAUUAGCAAGCUUGUUUGUAUGCACUGAUGUCCUUAAAUUGGUGUUUGCAACCCGGAGAGGGCCGAUAUAUUUAAAUGAAAGCUUGUAUUAUAUGGUGGUUAAGCAUGUGAAGAAAACCGAAAUAGACAGAAAUUGAGAACAACCUUGAAAGGAUUUUUUUUUCAUAUUAUAGAGUCAAUAAAUACUCCUCAAAUGCUUCAUCAUUUCAUUAAAGUUUUAUGGUCAGAGGUUUGAAGAAUUAUUUUCUUGAUACAGGAUUAAAAAUAAAAUAACUGUUACUUAUGCCUUUUAAUCUGUACAUAUGGUUGGAAGUACGAGCUACUUGGGUAUCACCUUAGUGUUAAGGCCAAAAUAUAUUUUUCACAGAAACAGCAACAGUUGUGACAGAGAUGCUGUGACCCACAAGAUAUCUGGCAAGAUUGAGCCUUGCAAUGCUGAUUUAGUCUUGCUUUUCUCUCCUAAUCCAUAACCAAUAAAAUGGCAAAACCUCAAUCAGUAUUCAGUUAGAAACCUGUAUGCCAUUGGCUGAGAACAGAAUUGGGUUUAGCUGUGAGUUUAUACAAUUAGUUUUAAGCUCAUCAUAAAGUUCAAGUAGAUGAUGGAAUUUUUUUUCUAGUGAUGCUUCAUCUGUCAAAUCAAAUUGACCUUGUAGAGCAGCCACCAGAGUUAAAGAACCAAAUUCUAGCAGGACGGUUAUUCAUUAGGAGGUUAAAAAUAACACUUGUAACUGUUUAGUUGCUCAGGUUUUACUCGGUAUUGACCUAAUGUUUGCGGCGAACAUCUAUUGAAAGUUAGAUUGUGAAGUUCAAUUCACGUAAAACUGUACAUUCAGUUUUUCUUUUUCCAGCCCUUCAGAGUGUGAUGCCAAUUGGUCAGAAAAAAUAAUUAUACAAUCAUGAGUAAGGUUGUGUCUCCACCAUGACACAGUGACAUAGACUGAUGAAUGCAUUCCUGUGUGAAUUUUAAAAAGACAACUAUAUUUAGCCUAGCACUUUUAUAAGUAAUUUAGUACAUGAAGGAUUCUUGUAAAAUGAAGAGUGGACAACUGUACCUUCAGUGUACUUUCAACCUGUUCUACUUCUCAUCUAGAGUGAUGUAAUUGUAUUUUGUCCCUUCCCUUUAAAAACGAUGGAAGAGGGGGAAAAACAAUUUGCAGUCUCAACCUAAUUUUACUAAUACUAGUUAAAGCAAUAUUUUAAUGGAGUACCUAAGUUAUGCUGUAUAUGUUCAUUGUGCUUAUGCUGUGCACACCAUAAAAUAUUACAGAUUAACAGUGACAAUUUUAUGGUUUGUUAUCACUAAAUCCAUAAAACAGCACACUUUUCAUGAAUUUAGUUACAAAAGUAUUGUAAUAACAUAAACGUUUACAAUCUAAAAAUUCAUUUAAAUUGGAUAGAAUGUAUGUCUGUUAAUAAGCUUUACCAGUAAAUUGAUUUAUUUUUUAACUAUC